AUGCCCGACAAUACUCCGAAACGCUGUGUUGAUUUUUGCACCCAGCGUAAUUUUCGCUUUGCGAUGGUUCAAAAAGGACAUUUUUGCUACUGUGAAGACGAAAAACCGACUUCGAAGGAAAAACUCAACGAUUUCAUGUGUAGCUUUCCUUGUCCUGGAAAUCCCGCACUGAACUGUGGAGGAGCGUUUGAAGCUUUAGUAUACGAAACGGGUCUUGCAAAACACCCAAUACAACCGAUUAAGCUGUACCCGAGCCCGAAGGAUAAACCGGUUCGAGUCGCGUUUCUUCUGAUAUUUCACAAAAGAAAUCUUCGACAAGUACACCGUUUGAUUCGUGCUAUUUACGACAAGAGCCACUAUUACUACAUUCAUGUCGAUCCAAAGCAACACUAUCUUUACCGCGAGCUUCUGAAACUGGAGAACGAUUUCCCCAAUAUCUACGUUGCUCGUCAGCGACACUCCAUCACCUGGGGAUGCUUUACGCAGCUGCAGGCCCUACUGGCAUCUAUGCAGGACAUUCUCACCAUGUGGAAUCCCGAUUAUAUAUUGAACAUGAGCGAAAGUGAUUUUCCAGUCAAACCGGUAGCAAAGUUGACCGAAUUUCUAACUGCCAAUCGGGGACGAAAUUUCCUGCAAAUGCAAUCCGUCGUUUCGGUGGACAAAUUUAUUAAUGAGUCGGGAUAUAGUAAGAACUUUCUGGAGUGUGAUAAUCGGAUGUGGAUUAUCGGCAAUCGACAACUACCGAGCGGUAUAGUGACGAACGGUGGAAGUGAUUGGUUUUGUCUGUCGCGAGAAUUUAUUCAGUACGUACUAGACGACCGGCACGACCUAGUGGCCGAUGUUAUGCGCAUUAUGGAACAUACGGUUUUUGGAACGGAAAAUUUUUUCCAUCAAGUGCUGCCAAAUUCGCCUUUCUGUCAAACGCUCUACAGCAGUGGUUUGCGCUUAAUUAGCUGGGCUUACGGCGUUGGUUGUUCGGUAGCGCGAACGAUCGAAUGGACCGGUUGCAGUCCACUCAUCAUACGGCGAGACAGUUGGCCAGAUAUACAGAGCAACAUCGCUGACGUGAUCUACGCCGUUCGAAAGUUUAAUCCUAUCUUUGAUCAAACGGUUAUUCUCAUGGUGGAAGAGUACGCAUUUGGCAGGUAUCCGUCAAAUGUGCCGAACUUGAACGCAUACUGGGAAAAUGUGUACCAUCACGAAGAUGAGAUCCACGACCCGAGAACGAAUGCCAUUUUGAACGUUGCGUAUGCUUUGCUGUACGUUACUGCUCAGAGCAACGGUUACGAGCACUACGAGGUAAUGAAGAUAUUGGAACUAACGCACUACUUCAAUCGGAAUGCAUUUCAAGGAUUUCUGAUUCGCCAUUUAGCACUGGUGAACGAUGAACGGUUGGAGCUGGAGGUUUUUGUUAAGCCCAUACACAAGUUUAUUCCCAGCUGGAACUUAGACGGCAAGCUGUUAAAUGUAAUGUUGGCGAUUUCUAACGUCAUUGACGUGGUCGAAAAAAGUCCACUCGACUUCGACCAGGUUCUAUCGGCCAACAAGCGGCCUAUGCUCAUUUUUCACCUGCCACGAAACGGCAUCCAAUCCAAAACCAUUAUUAAUCACACCGUCACCGUGGAUUGGAUCGAUCCUUAUGAGCAAUCGGUGGUUGAAAAUUACACGAUCAAUGAUGAUCCAGAUAAAUUCGAUCGUCAUUCACUUCAAAGCACGACACUGACCAUUCCUCUCGUGGAAGGCGUUUGGCGUGCACAGGUAUCGUCCAAGUUCGGUGCACGCGUCACCACUUGCUAG